UACUCCGGCAACCCCGUGCAUGUGUCACUCACGUUGUUACCCAUUCCCACUUGAUUGGGUCUGGGACGAAUUGUCCCUCAAGAUUGGAAUCUAAUUUUUAGCGCGUUACCAAUCAGUUUCAAAACAAUAUAAUGGCGGAGGGCAACGGCGACACAGUGGAGCCCAUGGAUGAGUCCGAGCCCAGUCCAGAUUACGGCAAGCUGGUGGAGCACGGCUUGCAAGACAAGGUAGCCCUGCAGCUGGAUGCCAUUUUUCGUACGGGCAAGCUAUCCUACGUGGACCUUGAUGAGCGGGCCCUGGAUGCCCUCAAGGAGUUUCCCCCAGAGGGGGCCCUGGCAGUCCUCAAGCAGUUCCUCGACAGCAGCCUCGAGCAUGUCUCCAACAAGUCUGCCUACCUUUGCGGGGUCAUGAAGACCUACAGGCAAAAGAGCAAGCUGCCGGGCACCACCCCCGCCGCCACCCCGGGCACGGCCACGACGGGGACGCCCGCCGGCGGGAAGGGCCCGGACGAGGACAAGAUCAAGGCCAUCCUGGACCGCACGGGGUACUCGCUCGACGUGACGACGGGCCAGCGCAAGUACGGAGGUCCCCCGCCUGACUGGACCGGGUCGCAGCCUUCCAGUGGCUGCGAGGUGUUUGUCGGCAAAAUUCCCAAGGAUAUGUUCGAAGACGAGUUGAUUCCGCUGUUCGAGAAGUGUGGCAAGAUCUGGGACCUGCGGCUGAUGAUGGACCCCCUGUCUGGGCUCAACCGGGGCUAUGCCUUCAUCACCUUCUGCGGCCGCGACGCCGCACUCAACUCGGUCCGCGAGCUGGACAAUUACGAAAUUCGCAAGGGCAAAUUCAUUGGCGUGACCAUUUCCAUAAACAACCACCGGUUAUUUGUGGGCAAUAUCCCAAAGAACAGAGGCAAAGACGAGUUGUUUGAAGAGUUUUCCAAACACGCACCGGGGCUGACGGAAGUGAUCAUCUACAGCUCUCCAGACGACAAGAAGAAGAACCGUGGCUUCUGCUUCCUGGAGUACGAGUCCCACAAGGCAGCCUCUCUGGCCAAGAGACGCCUGUCCACAGGACGCAUCAAGGUCUGGAGCUGCGACAUCAUCGUCGACUGGGCGGACCCACAGGAGGAGCCGGAUGAGGAGACCAUGGCCAAGGUAAAAGUGCUGUAUGUGCGGAACCUGACGGCAGACGUGACCGAGGAGAAGCUCAAGGAGCUCUUUGAGGCGGAGGGGGGUAAAGUGGAAAGGGUGAAGAAGAUCAAGGACUAUGCGUUUGUGCACUUUGAGGAGCGCGAUGCAGCCGUCAAGGCUAUGCAGGCCCUGCAAGGGCGAGAGGUUGGCGGAGCCCCCAUGGAGGUGUCUCUGGCGAAGCCACCUUCGGACAAGAAGAAGAAAGAGGAAGUUCUUCGCAACCGGGAAAGGCGCAUGAUGCAGAUGAUGCAGCAGCGUGUCGUAGACGUGGCUGACUACAGGAUGAUGGGACUUCCACCUCCACCACCCCCUCCCCCACGUGGGGGACGGGGAAGGGGGCCGCCCGUGGGGCCGAGGAACUACGAUUACGACUAUGACUACUAUGGGUAUAGCGACUACCGGGGCGGCUAUGCUGAUCCGUACUAUGAGGACUAUUACGGCCGUUACGAUGACUAUUUUGACUACGGCUACCCUCCUCCGGCGCCCCCUCGUGGCCGUGGUCGGCCAGCUCCAGAGCGGGUGGGGCGUGGUGGUCGUGGAACGAGCGGCCGUGGUGGUCCGCCUCUGGGUCCUCGCGGGGGGGCUGGUCCCACCCUGGGGGGGCGUGGGGGUCGGGGGGCCCGCGGUCGAGGUGGCCGGGGGGGCCCUCCUGGCUCCCGUGGGCUUGGGGGCCCCCCACGUGGGGGGGGAGGGCCUCCGCCUCUCAGGGGAAGCCUGGCCGGUAAGCGCAAGUUUGACGGGGGCCACCAGAACCAGGGGGACUCGAAAAGACGCUUCCACAACAGCAGCAACCAAGACGACUCCCAGUGGUACCAGGACUCGUUCCAGCCGGUGUGGGGCUGAAAGGGGGCACCCGCACGUGGGGGCCACCGUGUACCAUAAGAAAAAAAGAAUCAUGCUCUUCUUCCCAUCCUCUUAAUCAGUGUGUGUGUGUGUGUCCUCCCGCCCGGGGCCCAGUGUCUUCCUCCACCGAGGACUCUUUAACGCUGCUGUGGGCCGCUCUGUGAUUGACUGCUGCCGUUGACAAUGUGUAACCUGCAGGAAUUGUGUGGAAAUAAAGUGGCUGUUUUAUCUCAACAA